AGUGGCUUCCCAGGGUGGAUCAGAAGGUGACCCCAGUACUAGUUGUCCUUAUAUGCUUGUAGUUAGGCCCCCAUAUGGGGAAUGAUGUAAGUGACCAAAUGACCAGACACUCAGAGGACAGUUUGUCCCAGCUGGUGGCUGUUUGCCACUUCUGCCUCUGACCCAAAGUUUGAAUUUCAUUCAUAAGUUUGUAACCACAGACUUGGCAGUGUGGGAAGAGCCCUUGGGGACCAGCUAUUCUAGUCCGACUCCCCCGUAUUACAAAUGGAAAAAAACCCUAAAGCUUAGUGACAACCAUGGACACAUCAAGGUCACAGAAAAUUUUUCGGUUGGAUUGGGGGAGUUAGUUUGGGGUCAAUUAGAGAGCAUCUUCUAGGGUUGCCAAAUAUGUAGCUCUGACUCACUCUUUUAAAGUUGUUGUUGUUGAGACAAGGUAUCUCUAUGUCUCCAAGCUUCCUGUAACUUCUGAUCCUGUCUUGGCCUCUAGACUCCAGAGUGUACGGAUCACAUGCAUGUAUCACUAUGCUCAGUUUGGGAUUAGCUUUAAAUGUAUAGAUUUUGGACUGAAGUGUAGCUCAAUAGCAUAGUGUUUGUAUAAAUGUAGGAGGCCCUGGGUUUGAUCUUUAGCACUGGGGACACACACACACACACACACACACACACACACACACACACACACCGCCAUAUGCUUGUAGAAGUUGGGCAGUUCACUUCUCUUAGUCUCUCACUGUGUGUGUCCCAGGAAGUGGACUCAGGUUUUUAGGCUUGGCAGCAAGUGCCUUGGCUUGCUGAGCUAGCCAUCUUUCAAUCCUGACACUAAUCUCUACACUCAGCUUUUGUAGAGAAUCCAAAUAUGCCCUGUUUCUUAAGGAGCUCAGAUGGGGCCCACCAGGGGACUUGCCCAAGGUCAAAUGACAAGUCAAUGACAUUUCCUGGACCCUUUGAUCAAAUGUCAAAAAUAAGCUAAGGAGGCUGUUGAAGAGAACUGUCAUGGGUCUCUUAGCCCCUAGUUUCCUUGCUGGAGUCAGGUUAGGACAUAGGUGGCCUUUCCUCAGACUCAACAAGGUAGGAACCCAAAAGCUGAACCCUCAAAGGGAAAAGGAAACAGCAGGGCAGGAAAGGAUGUACCCCACUACUGGGGCUUUCCCAGAGGCAGGCUCUGAGCUGCAGGAGUGACAUCAGACGGGAUCUGUUUACACAGUCGCAACGCUACCGGUUUCUCUGUCCUGUAACUUGCUCAGUACACCAGGUUGGCCACAAACUCAGAUAUCCUCCUGCCUCUGCCUCUCUGCCUCUCUGCCUCUCUGCCUCUCUGCCUCUCUCUGCCUCUCUGCCUCUCUGCCUCUCUGCCUCUCUGCCUCUCUGCCUCUCUGCCUCUCUGCCUCUCUGCCUCUCUGCCUCUCUGCCUCUCUGCCUCCCUGCCUCCCUGCCUCCCUGCCUCUGCCUCCCAAGUGCUAGGAUUAAAGGUAUACACCACCACCACUGCUUGGCCAGCCUCGGUUUCUUCACAUUCAGCUGUCUUGGGCUAUGAGAUUUCCAUCACUCAUGUGUGUCCCUGACAGUCUCACAGACACUGAGUUCUGCAAGUCUGUGAACUGGAGGAGUCUGAACACUUAUGCUGAACUGAACUGAGGUGCCUCAAAGAUGAUGGAGCAGAGGAGUGGCUCAGCAAUCCUCAGACUAGAGUCCAGGAAUGGACCUGCUGGAUUUUAAAAAUCUCCCUCUAGAGGGCGCGCAAGACCCACGGUUUUGUGCCUCAUUUCCGUUUGCCUUCAUCCUUCAUCUUACGCAUGUGCAGAGUUUAUUUCCGGGCUGCUCGCAAGGGCCCCUUUGGAUGGCGUGUAGGGUUCAUCCACUGCGUCUGCGCAAUGCCCCUCGGUUGCCGUCCCCGGAAGCUCUCCCUUCCCAGGAAGCCGUGGGCCGCAGCUAUUCGGCCUCUCUAGGCCGGCGGGUCCUCCGCUCCAUGGUCCUGUCUGUCAGCGCUGUGUCAGGAGGCCAGUGCCGAGGUCCGGUCGCGCUCCGACGCUUCGACCCUCGAGCCGGUCGCGGGUAUCCCGGCGGCCGCGGGACGAUGGCGUGGUGGCACUGACAGGCGCGGGCGGCUGCCGAGCCCCGCGGGCCGGCAUGGCGGGCCAGUUCCGCAGCUACGUGUGGGACCCGUUGCUAAUCCUGUCGCAGAUCGUACUCAUGCAGACCGUCUACUAUGGCUCUCUGGGCCUGUGGCUGGCGCUGGUGGACGCGCUGGUGCGCAGCAGCCCGUCCCUGGACCAGAUGUUCGACGCGGAGAUCCUGGGCUUCUCCACCCCUCCAGGCCGGCUCUCAAUGAUGUCCUUCGUCCUCAACGCCCUCACCUGUGCCCUGGGCUUGCUGUACUUCAUCCGGCGAGGGAAGCAGUGCCUGGAUUUCACUGUCACUGUGCAUUUCUUUCACCUCCUGGGCUGCUGGCUCUACAGCUCCCGUUUCCCCUCGGCGCUGACCUGGUGGCUGGUCCAGGCUGUGUGCAUUGCACUCAUGGCCGUCAUCGGGGAGUACCUGUGCAUGCGGACGGAGCUCAAGGAGAUCCCCCUCAGCUCAGCCCCUAAGUCCAAUGUCUAGAGUUGGGCCCUUUGGACACUCUGCUGGCACUUGGGCCCCAUCACCUUGGGCUGCUCAGACCUCCAGAUGGGGUCUGGCCCAAGUCUGAGCAGAACCCUGGAAAUGUGAAGUCUGUUGGUGGAGAGAUAAUGAGGUCCCAUCAUAAAGGCAGGUAGCAGCCAUGAUCACAGAUGUAAGAAUGGCCUCUGUCUGCCAAAGCCUUGAUAUCUGGAGGCCAGUAAGGGACCUCAUGGAGGGUAGUGGCAGAUUUGGAACCAUGUCACAUGAGCCAUCAUACUGUCACCAGCCUGUUAUUUUAAAAAGAAAAAAAAAAAAUCAAGGAUAUCUGAUUGGAAUAAACCACUCUUCUCGUUGUCUGUCUUAUGCCCAUGACAGCCAGUACCUUUGCUGUGUUGCCAAACCACAGGGAUUCUCUGUGGAGAAAUACCUGAUUUCUGGGUCCAUAGCCACAGAAAAAGAUGUAGGUACAGAGUGCUAGGCUGCUGACAGGACGUCGAGGGGAGGAGGCAUCAAGCACAAGAAAAAUGCAUGGCCGUGCCGUUAGACACACACACACACUUUUGUGUGUGUCCAGGACCCAUGACUGUCUCCCUCCAGUUCCCUGUAUGGACUCUGCCUUGCUGUUGUCACUCAGCACAGCCAGAGACAGGACCCAGAGAAAACCCCAGCAUCCCUCCCAGCCUUCCCUUCAUAAUAAAAGCCAUUGUCUGCUCUCUGGAAGUGAGCAGGCAGCCAGCUUCUACUGGAC